UGCGGAGCCAGAACCGCAUAGUCCCAGACUCCCCGGAAAGCCCGAAAAGCUGCGUCUAGAAUCUCCUCGCCUUCCAGAGUUGUCAGGAAGUUUGGGGGAGGGGCGCUGCGCUCUCCGCGGGCGGCAGGAGCGUGAGGGAGGACGAAAGCAGCCGCAGGUCUCCGAGCUGUCACGUUCCGCCCACGGGCGGGCUCCGGUGUUCCCGGCGGGUCCGCCGGGCACGGGUGCGGGGCGGCCGGCAGAGCGCGCGGGCGGCAUGGAGGGACUGGUCCUGCUCAACGCCCUGGCCACCCGGCUGCUCUUCGUGCUGCACUCGCUGGUCGGAGUCUGGCGAGUGACCGAAGUGAAGAAGGAGCCAUGGUACUGGCUGUUGGCGCUGCUCAACCUCUUGCUCUUUCUGGAGAUGGCGCUGACCCUCAAAUUCAAGAGCGGCAGAGGCUACAAAUGGUUUUCACCAGCCAUAUUUGUAUAUCUGAUUAGCAUUGUUCCAUCAUUAUGGCUUCUUGAAAUGCACCAUGAGAUCCAGUACUGCAGUAGCCAAUCUGAAGGAAUGUCACAAAAUACCAGCAGCAAAGAAGACUUCAAUCAAACUCUGAUGUCAGCUGAACAAACCAAUGGAGUGGAUGAUCUCAUUGAGACGGCCAAAGUUUUUGUCAAUAACCUAUCUACAGUAUGCGAGAAAGUCUGGACUUUGGGACUCCAUCAGACGUUCCUGCUAAUGCUAAUAAUUGGAAGAUGGCUUCUACCCAUUGGAGGUGGGAUCACUCGGGAUCAACUCUCUCAACUCCUCCUUAUGUUUGUGGGGACAGCUGCUGACAUCCUGGAAUUCACAAGUGAGACCCUGGAGGAAGAAAAUGUGAGGAACAGCCCUGCCCUGGUCUACGCCAUCCUUAUUAUAUGGACCUGGAGCAUGCUGCAGUUUCCCCUGGACCUGGCAGUGCAGCAUGUCGUGUGUCCUUUGUCCAUGACAACGAGGGGGUUCCCCAGACAGUUCUUUUGCCAGUACAGCGCUGACCUGUGGAACAUCGGAAUCAGCGUCUUCAUACAAGACGGUCCCUUCCUGGUUGUGCGCCUGCUACUGAUGACCUACUUCAAAGUGAUCAAUCAGAUGCUGGUGUUCUUUGCAGCCAAGAAUUUCCUCGUGGUGGUGUUACAGCUCUACCGCCUGAUGGUGUUGGCCCUGGAUGUCCGUGCUUCCUUGAGAAGUAAGCCAACAGGCCCGAAAGGAAGGCACAGGUGCCCAGGAGAACCAGCUGAGACUGGGGUCUCACCUGGAGACGGGGCAGGGGGUUCUAAGGAGGGCCUGGCUAUUCCUUUACAGGCCUCGUCGGUAACCUCUGAAGACUUCCCCCCAACAUCAUAGUCAGUCACCGACAGCAGCAUACAGCUAGAAGUUUUGAUGUACUGGUUCUUACACUCACAACCGUCCUCUCUCUCGCUUUCUUUUUAACCUCAGCAUAUAAUAACUUUCAAAAGAACAACAUACAGAAUGAUCUUAAACCAAAGCUGAGGAAUUUUUUUUUUUUUUCUGACAGAAUGAAAAGAACUUUGGCUAGUAGCUGUCGUUCCCACUUCUGUGUGAUGGUAUCAGACAUUACAGUUGUUCCACGACUAAGUGAUUUGUUUGUCUUGAACUGUUUGAAAAGCUAUGGACAGGGUUACAGUGACAUGCCCUCAAGAGAUUUAAUGCAGACAAACUGUCGCGGCUGUUACCUGAAAAUAGAGAAGCUUUGAACUUCGGCUCUAUUGUCAGACUAUCUCCUCUGAUCUUUUCUGCAGUGUCCCUCUGACAUUAAAAAAAAAAAAAAAAUGUACAUUCCAUGAAUGCAGAACAAAUGAAGGGAAAAGUACCUUUAAAAUUACCUCACUGUGGGUUGGAAGCAGUGAAUUCUCUGCCCAGCUGUCACGGCAUCAAGAGCCCUCUUCAUUGCUGCACAGACCUUCCUGGGAAAAUCAUUUUUUCUGGGCUGAUGUGGUAUUCUGCCCUGGCACAUAUGCUCUUACAGAAACUUUAUUGCUUUGGCUUGGGUACCACAAAAUCUACAGCAAGCCAUUUCAUUUACAGAUCUACUGGUUUCAAGGCAGGAAAGACUGGUAAGGCUAGCAAAGUCACAGAUCCCCCCUCCCAACAUGAUUUGCAGUAUUCGUCAGGAUUCUUCUGAACUCCACUUCCCCAUUUUCUAUAUUGCCAAGUGGAAUUAUGUGGGUUGAUGCAGGAAAGCACUGAAGCAGCGAAUAAAGGUAUCUCAGGCCCUUUAAGUGUUACCAUAGUUGCUGGUGUCCGCAGGCAGUAGUAGUUCCUCUGAACUGCCACUGCUGGAGCCAGCCUUUGGUCUUGGGAAGAUGCUGGAAGCUUGCAUGUGCCCUACUCAUGGCCAACAGCCCUUGAUUAGGGACGGGGGUCAGAAAAUGCCACAGCAUCAUGGAAAUAAGGAAAUUUGCUUUUCUUCUCUGCAUCAAGACUGUGGUUCCCCAGUAUUGAAACAGUUGUACUUUCCCUUUAUGCAUCUCUGCGCUUUCCAGACGAAGGCAAUUCAGAACCUUUUAAAAUGAUUUUUGCUUUUAAAGGUACAGUGUGAAAAUUUACCUGGCCUUACAGCAGUAAUUAUAUGAGGCAAACAGCUCCAAAAUUCUUCUUUUAGGGUUCAAAGCAACAUUCCUCUUGUUACUAUGUUGAGGAACUGGAAGGGACAUUAAAGUUAGGACAAGCUAUCAGCCUUAAAUUGAGUGUGACCUUCUAACAGGCAGUUAGGACAAUUUGAUCUAUAAAUCUGUGUGACCUAUCUGUUCAGAACAUUUAAUAAAAAGUUUCAUAGGCAAACUUUGUUUGUAUACAGAAAAAUUUAUAUUUUCCAAUUAAUAACUUCUUCAUUGCCUAAUAACAUUUCUAUCUCUUUCUUUUCUUCUUUGCGUUUCCGAUUUUACCAAUAUGAUGAUUGUUAAAUUGCACAUGAAGCUAAUGGACUACAUUUAUAAUUUUCCAUAAUAAUAUUAUGAAAGAGAAGAUCAGGAAGUUACAUGAUAUAAAGAAUUUGACAACUUUUAAGGGCAUGUUAUUUAAAACGCUUCACGAUUGAAAGCAAAAUAAUAAGUGCUAUUUAUAAAGACGCCUCUGCAGAAUCUGUUUUUAUGUUGACUGUUUUAUGUUGAGUGUUUUCUUCCACAACAUGUAUGUGCUGCUUAUUAUUGCAGAUUUGCUCGUGGGCAUACUUUUUAUGUUUUAAUUUUUUUCUUCCAGCAAAACAAAUACGGGGCCUCUAAAAAUAGAUAAAGUAGUAUGGCUGUUGCAAGGAUAUUUUUAAAAUGCUUUUGAAUCUGAGACUUGGCUUGGCUCUGUGAAUGUGUUUCUAGUACUUAAGUGAAGUAUUUUUUUAAUUAGUACUCCUCCAAGAGCCUGGCAAAUAGAAAGUCCAGAAUCUAGUUUUACUUAUAGGGCCAGGAAGGCAAAGUACACCCAAAACUGUCCUGACAAGUAGUGGUGGCAAAAAUAGACACAUACUCUGCAAGGUUUUCCAGGAAAACCUGCUAAGGGUAGUGCUUGUUAACCUCACUUCCAGUACACCCACUCUCUUGGACUGUUUUUAUAGUCAAAAAAAAUCUAUUAAGAAUUAAGGUUUUUUUUUUUUUUUAAAUCCCCAUAAAUCCAGGUUAUGUGCCUUGGGCCCCCAAGAAAAAGUUAAAAAUCUAUUCAGUUAAUUGUAUGUUAUUAUUGUAGAUUGCUAAAUACUGUCCUGUUUGAACAUAUCCAAGUGGUUGCUGUAAGUGCCUUGCACAGAAGUUACUUCCCAUAAUCUGACAUUCUGGAACUUGCUUCCAUUUGAUUUGUAAUAACCUAACUGACUCAGAUCAUCUGAAUAAUUCCAUAUAGACCCUAUCUCUACAUCGCUUCCCCACCCCCAGACACGGAACAUGCCACUCUCCAACUAUUGAAGAAAGUGGCUUAUUUGUGGUUAUUGGUGCUGUUGUUAUUAUUAUUGUUGUUAUUGUUAUUUAAUUGCUUUGUUAAAGCUCAGUCAAAUGUCUUACCUAAAAAUGUACCAUUCCACUUGUGAGAAAACACAGUGUGCAUGUUGUAGUGAUGCUGUGUCAAAACACCUCACAACCAUCUUGUGGGUUUUCUUUACUUACCAGAGAAGUCUCUGAGGACAUGACUUGACAUUGCAAGAUUAGUGAGCUGUCUCUUUGAUUAUUUUGUUAAUUUUUAUUUAAGCUGAAACCAGUAACAUAAGAAAAUGGAAAUCUGGAUUGGCUGAUAACAAUCUUUCUAGUCUUCUAAAAUGAAGAUUGUGACACAAAUUCAUCAGGUGGCUCUGUUGUAGUUCCACUAACAUAUAGCAGUACUUCAGCUUUUAAGACCAAAAGAUGUGGCUCAGAAAUAUCAGCAUUCACUACCAUAAUAUUGUUGACUUGUUAUUUCAUAGAAACUUCUCAAAGCCCUGGGAAGGCACACCUUUCAGUGCAUAUGCCUUAAGGUUUCCACUCAAGUUUCAGAGUUUCACACUGACUCUUAUUAUUUCAGGGACUCUUCUCAACUCCCUGUUAAAAGAGGGAAAGGACAACACAGGGCCACCAUCCACCUUCACUUUUUCAGUGACAGAAAAGUGACGUAUGUACUGACAUACAUUGAGAGCCUCAGAGAUGAAAGAGAAAAAACAAACAAUCAGAAUUAUAAGAGCAGAUGAGCCAAUUACUUUUUUUUUUUUCUAAUUUCAGACUUUGCUUUUUACUUAAUGGACAUUCUCUGCCACUCUCAGAAACAUCUGAUUUGGGGUUAAAUGAAGCAGCUGGAGGAUGUUGAUAACUUUUAAGCUUCAAAUAACUUUCCACAUGAUUAUUCCACAUUGAAUAAUCAACUCCUUCAGUCUUAUUUUUAUGGGUGUCCAUCUCCUGAAUCUUUCUUAGUAGGAUAUUUUAUAAGAAUAUUUUCUCUGAAUUAUUUAUAUUUAUACUAUUUUGUU